AUGACAUUUUCAGGUUCAAAAGUUAAAAUUUUUAUGUUUUUAAAGAUUAUUCUCAGUGCCUUUCUCGUUACGGUGGCGUUGCUAUUUACCGUAGCAUCUAUCAGGACUCUGUCACUGGACGUAAAUGUUGGACUUCAACUCGCAAACUGGGAGAAGACGAACAACAUCUCGCUCGUCAUAGAGCCCCAUCAGAGAGAGCAGCUUCUGGCUAACUUUAAAGAGGCUAUCCGGAUCCCCACAGUGUCUUUCUCACAGACGGAGAUAAACACCACCGCGCUGCUGGAGUUUGACAGCUUCCUCCGAAAAGCCUUCCCUACAGUUUUUUCUUCAAGCUUGGUUCAUCAUGAAUCGGUGGGCAACUACAGCCACCUGUUUCGGGUACAAGGAUCACAGCCUGACCUGGUGCCGUACCUGCUGCUGGCCCACAUCGAUGUUGUACCUGCCACAGAGUCAGACGGCUGGGAGGCGCCACCAUUUUCUGCCAAGGAGAUGGAUGGCUUCAUCUACGGCAGAGGGACCAUAGAUGACAAGGGCUCUGUAAUGGGAAUCCUUCAAGCACUGGAGUACUUGCUGAUAAAAGGCUAUGCUCCACGCAGGGGGUUUUACAUUGGUCUUGGUCAUGAUGAAGAAGCCGGCAGGUGGCUCCUGUUGAACCGGGACAAGCUGCUUGAAAGAAAGCCGGACACUAAUGCUUUUGUGAGGACAACCACAGCAGUCACCAUGUUUAAUGCAGGAGUUAAGGUAAAUGUCCUCCCUUCCCUCGCUGAAGCUUAUGUGAAUCUACGAAUCCACUCAGCACAGUCAUUACAGGAGGUCAUGGACCUCAUCCAUGCUACAGUGGGGGACCAGAGAGUGAAGAUAGAGCUUGUUGACGGAUUCGACCCUCUGCCUGUGAGCUCUGCUGAUGAGAAGUCAUUUGGCUUCCAGAUCAUUAAGAAAACAGUGUUGGACAUGUUUCCAGCAGUAACAGUUGCUCCAGGUAUCUGUGUUGGGAACACAGACAGUCGACACUUCAAAGACCUGACCAGUAAUAUUUAUCGCUUCGCUCCUUCCUGGUUUAAACCAGGUGAUCCUCAGAGAUUCCAUGGCAUCAAUGAAAGGAUUUCCAAGAAGAAUUAUGAGGAAUUUGUGGUAUUUUAUUUUAAUCUGAUUCAAAACUGUGACAUUCGGAAACUUCCAGAGCCUCACAGCUCUGUCCAUGAACUCUGAAGAAUUGACAGCGUCGAUAACCAUAACCAUCGAAAAUAAGCUAGAUAAUUACAAAUUAUAUAAAGUGCUCUGAGGUGACAAAUGUUAUGAUUUGGCACUACAUGAAUAGAAUAAAAUAUAAUUUAAUUUAAAAGACCUUUUAUUGUUAAUUUAAUUAAUUUCAACAGCACCCAAUGGGACCAUGGCUUGGCUUACACCUUUAUUGGUAAAUUUUAAAAACAAAUGAUAUUGGACAGGUAUAGUGUGGACUUUGCUUAAAUGAAAUAAUGUGAAUCUACUAUGUAGAGCAUUUAUGAAUGAAGAUUAAGAUUAUGUGGUAGACUGCUGUUAAAAUUUAUGAUGUACAUAUGAAGAAAUGAGUAAAUAUUUCUUCAAGCUGCUGAUAAUACUGCAUAUGGUUGGUUGGUUGUUGUACAUACAAUUUCAAACAAAUGACUACUGAAAUAUGUAUUUUUGAAAUGUGUUUUCUUUCUUCUUGAGUCAUAGUUAAUCUUUUAAAGAAUGCUGUGCAUCACUGACUGUCUGUCUUUUGAAGUGGCACAUGGACUUUAGACAGCCGUUGUUGAAAUUUAAUGGUUUGUUUGUUGCUGUGUUAUGAAUUUUACAAUACCUAAUUCUGGACACAAUAGAAGACACCAAUGAAAUCACAGCUGAUCACAAUUCUUGUGUUUAUUAAACAGCAAAGCAACAACAGUCAUUCGUUUUUUAUUAGACCAAUUUUUAUACUUAAUACAGUAACAUUGCGUCAAAAUUAUUCAUUUAUAAGGACAACAAUCAAUAUUUCCGUUAAAGUGCCUGUUUUAGCCUGCUGCUGUUUUUUGAUCUGUAGUAAAUUCUAGACACUAGAAUAAAACAGACAAGAAAGCAGAUUUAUUUCUUAACAGUGUAAUAUAUAAAUACAUGUUUAAGCUUUAAAUGCCCCCAUUUGUGUUCAUACACAUGGGUAUCUGGUUAGAGAGACUAUAAUAAGCAUUGACCCUCUUUUGAAGUUUUCCCCUUUGAUUACUUCAUCUCACUGAAUGGUGAUCAGUAUAAUUUUGCUUUUUUGACAACAGUAUAUAAAAGAAACACAACAGAUUUCUACAAAUUAAUGUCAAUAAAUGAAAACUAUAAAUUGUAAA